AGUUGUCGGUGAGUCACUGAGUUGUCAGAACUUUUAUCUUGCCUGGGUCCAAGGAUUCUAUUGGAUGUGAAGAAAAGUAGAAUCUGUUUUUUUUUUCUUUCACAGGGUGAAGUCAAGAGAUCAGAGAGGUGUAUAUAUGAUGCAAGACCCUGCGCUCCCAUAAACCACUGACCAGAGGACCACUUCUGCAUCUGUGGUUCUCGUGAACAUGGGGAAGAUCAGAGCAGUGUAUGCUCUCCUUUGGAUUGCACUGACACUGAAGUUAUCCCAUUCUGUCCCAGAUGAGUGUAAAGAGGAGACGGAGAGGCUUGGCCUGCAGCUGAAGGCUCUGGAGGAUCGCUUCCAGAAGCAGCAGCUUCAGAUCCAGCAGCUGCGUGCCGCCAGGGAGCAGGUACCCGCGGUCACCGGGGACCUCAUCCAACUGCCUGGGCCAAAUGAAUAUGCCGACUGUGCACAGAUCUUUAACAAUGGCAGCAAGGCAAGUGGGUUUUACAUGAUCAAGCCCGCGAGGAGUCCAUCUCAGAUCAAAGUGUACUGUGACAUGACUGAGGGAGGGGGCUGGACUGUCCUGCAAAGGCGCACUGACGGCAAUGAAUCUUUUGAGAGGGGAUGGGAGGAGUACAAGGAGGGUUUUGGAAACAUGGAGUCAGCUACUGGGGAGUUCUGGAUAGGAAAUGACAAUCUACACUAUUUGACAUCACAAGGUGAUUAUGACCUAAGGAUCAACUUGGAGGAUUUUGAAGGGAGCCACCGCUUUGCUGUCUAUAAAAACUUCAAAGUAUUAAGUGAAGAGGACAAAUAUCAGUUGCGCUUCGGGGAGUACAGAGGCAAUGCUGGCAAUGCGCUGGCAGGAACCGACCAUCCCGAGGAGAAGUGGUGGGCUAGCCAUCAAGGCAUGCGGUUCAGCACCUUUGACCAAGAUAACGACCGCUACGAACGCAACUGUGCCAAGGAAGACAAAGCUGGUUGGUGGUUUAACAGAUGUCACUCUGCGAACCUGAAUGGGAAGUACUACCCGGGUCCCUACAGCGAUGUGACCGACAACGGGGUAGUGUGGUACAGCUGGCAUGGAUGGUGGUAUUCCCUGAAGUCUGUUGUUAUGAAGAUCAGACCUGCACACUUCGAGAUCAAUGAAAUCUAGAGACAUAUAUUUCCACCACAGUCAUAUGAUGCUGGCAAUGCCAUCUCUGACACAAAAGCAAUAAUUUGCCUAUACCCUAAUAUUAUCAACAAAAUAAACCGCUUACCUUGAAUAAAGUUAUUAAGUUGCAAAGAAUGUUGGGUUCUUUGUUGUGGUCUAGGCUACGUUAUUUUAGACGACUCCUGUGAAUGAAUGAAUAUGUGACUAGGCUUUUGUAAACCAGGACCUGUGACUUUUUUCCCGAU